AUGUAUACUGAUCCACCAAUAGAAUUCGAAAGAUUAAUUGAAGAUGCAAGACACACUUUGAAGUGUAUAAAGGAAGAUGUUAGAUUACCAUGUAAGAUUAUUUCUAACAAAAAAUUAUACAAUAUAUUACAACUAGUAAUAAAAAGAGGCAACGAAUUUCCAGGAGAUUACCCAAAAGUGACUAUUUGUGACAUUAGGAGUCACUACAAAUAUCUUAGCAGUGAUCAUAUUUAUAGUGCAGUGAAUUAUGAUACUAUUGAAAUAGUUAAAGAGAAUGUUAAACCAAUGAGAGAUAGUAGUGAUAUUAUAAAUAAUGUAAUCCAUUAUAUAUUAUAUGAUGAAGAUGGUGAAAUUUGCAAUCAGAUUGAAAAUCCUACUAAUAAGAUAAUUGUAUAUUUAUCCAAAUCUUUACAUAGAGUGAAGUCAAUACAUUUGUUAAAGGGAGGAUAUAAUUGUUUUUACAAUGAAUUCCCAUAUUUAUGUAUCAGUAAUGAUGCAGAGAAGUGUCAAAUUUCAGUGACUCCAUCAUUAUCUGAUAUAAAUAAUAUAUUUAAAUCAAAGGCAAUAUCUGCAUUACAAUAUCCAGUAAUCUUUGGUUGGUCAGAUAAUUAUAAAAUAUACUUAGCAAAUGUUUUUCAAGGAUGCCACCCAGAAAUUACAAAUCAAUUAAUGAUUAAAACUAUAAUUGAUUAUACAACCAAUGGUAUUUAUCCUAAAAAUCGAGAUAUUCAUUACUUUCAUAUUAGUAAUGCUGAAGAACAAAUAGAUGAAUAUUAUAUAAAUCAAGAAGGUAGAUAUUCUUCAUCUCUAACUAAUAGUAUCUUACCAUUUGAAGAAACUAUAAAAUUAUUAAAACAGUUAUUAUCUGAACAUUCAAAUAAAUUAGAUCAAAUUUUUCCAAUUAUGAUUGUUGCUGUAGAUUUAGACAAUAGCAAAGUCGCCAUAGCAGCUGCAAUUAUAAGUUACUUUAGAAAUUGGCCUAUAACAACUUCACUCAUUUUUAUACUUAAUCAGCUAGGACUUGACAAUUUAAUAAUACAAAAAGAUUCUUUAUUAUACAAGUUACUUCACCCAUCAAACGAACAUAUAUCACAACUUUUGAAGAUCAAUUUAAAAUAG